AUGCGCAAAAAGGCCAUGCGCUUAAAGCAUCAAGUUCUCGUCACAGCACCCAUCCCAGGCCACGUGCCCCCAGAAGCCGUCCUCGCUCACAUCCAAACCUUUACGCCCCUCCUAAAGCACAAUGCAGUAUUCACAAGCUUCUCUGAGAUCCCCCCCGACACGGCACGCGUCCAAAGCGAGCCCUUCUUCGGCCCACCAAACAGCAGCGUCAGAAGCUUCCUUUGCUUUCAGCGACUAGAGCUCGUCGCGGGUUUAACGCAGGAUGAGUACUGGCCUAUUACCUUUCUCAAAAUUCACAAUGGCGUUCGCGCGCGCGUCGACGCGAGAGCUAGCGUCACGGUCUGGAUAGAGUGUCUUGUGAGACAAGCGCCAGACCCAGGGACGCCGAGUAGUAAUGGGACGCUUGUGGAGGAGUGGGAGCUUUUUGAGGAGGUGGUUGUUGAGGCGCAUGGGUUGCUUAUGCCGGAUUUGUCAGAGGAUUAUGGAUGA